AUGGGUUGUGAUGAUGUACGAUCAUGGCGAUGGUUACGUACAUUUUCAUUACUUUUACCAGCUGGUUUUCUUUGGCAUGCACGUCUUUUUAAUACUCCAUUUGUAAGUAAUGAAAUGAAUAUAAAUGGUUUACAUCCUGUUUAUGUUGGUUCUGGUCAUUGUGUUGAAUUAAUUGUUGAACAAGAAAUGGCACCAGUUUUUGCUGCUUUUCGUAUGUCAGGUUUUGCUAUAUCUCAUAUGGUUGUACAUUGGACAAAACAAUGUUUUUGGUCUGUAUUAGAUUGGCCAGAAAUUAUUACAUAUAUUUGUGUAUGUAUACUUUAUGGUAUUGAUUAUCAAGUUUAUUUUUGUGUUGCACUUCUUCGUCAUUUACAACAAGAUAUUAUAUAUCAACAUUCAUCAAGAAAUUUAUUACCAUUUCUUAAAUGUCAUCAAAUUCGAGGAUUUUCAAUGCGUAAUGCAAUUGAAUAUAUGGUAACAUUAGAAAAAAAAUAUCGAACAAUAGUUAUGCCUGAACUUAAAGAACUUCUUUGUCUUAAUGCUAAUGUAUCAAAUACAACUAAUAAACAAACGAAUGUUUAA